AUGAAGACGACAAAUCGUCCCGAUGAGUGGAAGAUCGAGCAGGGUCUGUCUGGGGCAGCCCUGCCGGUCCUUGAUAUGACGGGGCCAGAGACCAAGGCCCUACCCAUACAGAUCUUUGGAAAACUUACGGAAGACGAGGAGGCCAUUAAAAGCGUCGGUGACCGUGAUAAGCUCUUCACAGAAGAGCGGGAUGGCUGGGUCGGAUUUGUUGAGUGGGAAAACUACCCCGAGAAGAAGGCAGCAGCUCACAAGAUCUUGACUUCUCAAACCUUUCCGCCUAAUCCAGAAUUUCAACUCGGCCCCAUCCCUGCUACCAAUCCCGUUCUUCCUGGUACACGAUGGAAAAUGUGGCACCACGCAGUUGGCGGUGCGCUCACUCGGAUCCCCGAUGAUUCUUGGGAUAUUGUUCUGAAAGAAAAGCACCCUGAUAUGCUUCAUCUUCUUCAAUUUCCCUAUAACGGAGAGCCCCCGAAGCGCCUGGUAACCGCCAAGGAGAUCACGCCAAACCCACUUCAUUUUGUGAGAAACCACGGCGGCAUUCCCAUCAUCGAUAAGGACAAGUACAGCUUUCUUCUCGAUGGAUUGGUUGCAAACCCCCAGUCAUUUACACUGGACGACCUUAUGGACGAGUCCAGAUUCCCACGGAUGGAAAAGACCGUCACUAUGCAGUGUUCUGGAACCCGCCGCAUUGAACAAAUUCUCAAAUACGCUGGCCAAGGUGACGAAGUGCCCCAGGCACCUUGGGCCGAAGGCGCCAUUGGCACGGCACGAUAUGUUGGCAUCAGCCUCAAGAAGGUAAUCAAAGCCUGCGGUGGGUUGAUUGGAGGCGCCAAGCACCUCGAGUUCUACGGUGCCGACACCUAUUUCAAAGACGACAAGACGAUGAACUACUUGGUCAGCGUGCCCUGGUCAAAGGUCAAGGCAAACGAGGUGAUGCUGGCCUGGGAGAUGAACGGAGAGGUCCUCCCUCGAAUCCACGGCUACCCUCUACGCAUCGUCGUGUUCGGUUACAUCGGUGCCAGAAGCGUCAAAUGGUUGUAUCGCAUCAAAGCCAUUGAGAACCCUACUCGAGCACCGGUUCAGAGCCAGGAAUACCUCUACUUCCCUCAGCAGGUUGGCAAGCAUAACCUGAAGCUGACGGACGGUAUUCAAAUUCAAGAGAUGCCAGUCAGCUCGGCGAUAAUGUCGCCAUGGACUAAGCAAGUCGUUAUCCACAAUGGCAAAAUUCGCUGCAAGGGCUGGGCUUACUCGGGUGGUGGUCGUUGGCCUGAACGCGUAGAAUUGUCCGCCGACGGCGGUUUCAACUGGUACGCUGUGCCCGUUGAGAACCUUUCCAAAAAGAGAAAAUGGACUUGGCGAACAUGGGAAUACGACCUUCCUUGUGACGCUGAAGGCUGGGUUGAGAUCGUCUGCCGCUGCUGGGACAAUUCUCUCAACACCCAGCCCCCAGAUGUUCGCACUGCAUGGAACUGGGGCCUGCAUGUCACUAGCUCUUGCCAUCGCAUAUCAGUCUACAGUGUGAACUCAACGAGGGAGAAGACAAAGGCUCGUCUUCAGGAGUUUGAGGAUAAGGGUAUCCCCUUCGGCCCAAUUACCGUGCCUCUUCCGUUCCCAGCGCAGUCCUGGGAUGAGUAUGAGAAAUACUGGAAGAGCCACGACCCGCGUGAUGCGGAUGAUGAAUGA